AUGCUCUGUGCUCUGCUGCUCAUGCUCAUGCUCGUGCUCGUGCUCGUGCUCGUGCUCACGCUUUGUUUCCAACCCAUCCCUCGCCCGAGCUAUCUUCAGAAACAAAAACAUCUGCCGGUGCCAGAGUGUUGGAUUUCAACCAAAGGUGGCAUGCAUGCCUAUGCUUACUAUAGGCACGCUCCUUGCCCGCCGCCUACCUUGCCCCCGUGCAUCCGCCUCCCGCUGCCGUCUCACCUCGAGUUUGCGCGGUUUUCUGGCACUCAGGGGACCGUCGGGACUGCGGUCUUUCCACUGCUUGUAGGUUAG